AUGCUGCCCACGCCCUUCUCGGUGAGGGACAUCCUCAAGCUGGAGGCGCCCGGGGGGCCCCGAGCCGGGCAGGACGAGCCGCGGCCGCGAAAAUCUCUGCUCGGCCCGAGCUUCGCGGCCGAGGAGGAGCGCGGGGAGCCCGGCCGGGCGCCGGCGCAGCGGCAGCGGCGGAAGCCGCGCGUUCUGUUCUCGCAGGCUCAGGUGCUGGAGCUGGAGCGGCGCUUCCAGCGGCAGAAAUACCUGUCCGGGCCCGAGCGGGAGCAGCUGGCGCGGCUGCUGCAGCUCAGCCCCACGCAGGUGAAGAUCUGGUUCCAGAACCGGCGCUACAAGAGCAAGCGGCAGCGGCGGGAGCGGUGCCCGGCGCCGGCCGCGCCCGCGCUGCCCCCGCGCACGGUGCCGGUGCCGGUGCUGGUGCGGGACGGCAGACCCUGCCCCGGGGGCGGCUCCCGGCCCUUCCCGGCGCCCUGCGGCAUUCCCGGCCCUUUCCCCUGCGGCUCCUGCUGCGGCGCUCUCGGGGCGGGCCGCGGGGCCGGGUGUCCCGCGCUGUCGCCCGGUGCCACCCCCGGCGGUGCCCAGCGCCAGCCCCCGGCUCUGCCCGCGGGAAUCGGCGCCGGCAGCUGGAGGUGA